GCUGCGGAUGCCGGUCGCUUUGGGGCGGUGUGGGCUGUGGGGCAUGCUGGCGGGCCCGAUGGCGCGGGGGCGGCUGCUCCCUGCCUGCGCGGGCGCUGAGCGGCGCGUUUGCCUGCUGGAGGGCGCGGGCCAGGCGGCGCGGUCGGCGGCGGCGGCGGCUCUAAGCGAGGGCGGGCUGGUGGCGGUACCCACCGACACGGUCUACGGCGUGGCCUGCUUGGUGCAGAACUCCGCGGCCGUCGAGGCCCUGUACCGGCUGAAGGGGCGCCCCGCUGGUAAGCCGUUGGCCAUCUGCCUGGGCGACGUCGAGCAGGUGCACAGGUACUGCCGCGUCCCGGUGCCCGAGGAGCUGCUGCGAGAUCUCCUGCCCGGUCCCGUGACGCUGGUGCUGCCGCGCUCGGACGCCCUCAACGCCGACCUGAACCCCUUCACGCCGCUGGUGGGCGUCCGUGUCCCUGAUCAUCACUUCGUCCGGGAGCUGGCCAGGGCCUGUGGCGGUGCUCUGGCUUUAACCAGCGCCAACGUCAGCGAGAGGGCGAGCAGCAUCACCGUUACAGAAUUCCAGGAGCUUUGGCCUCAUCUUUCACUGGUCAUCGAUGGGGGUCCAACUGGGGAUGCCCUUAGUCCCGAGUGUCGUCUAGGCUCAACUGUGGUUGACCUCUCCAUCCCUGGAAAAUACAGGGUUAUUCGACCAGGAUGUGCACUUACUCAAACUGUUGAAAUCCUGGCAUCCAAGUAUGGAUUGAGGGCUGAGGAGUCUGGAUGCUGAAAUAUUGGACCUUAGGGACACUGAAGUGCUAUCUACCAGUCUUUUCCCAGCCAAGAAAGUAAACUGUUUAUGUGACCAUCAUGAUUGCAAAGGGACUGUCCCUUAGGUGACAUCCUGGAUGCUGUGACUUUGAGGACUGUGGCUAAAUGACUGAAUUUCCUUUAAGACCUAAAAUUGCAGCUAUUUCUGGUUGCCUGAAAUAUUUCUGUCAUCUGGUUUGUCACACAGACUAAAUAACUUUUUUUCUACUUUUUCCUACUCUGUCUAAAGAAGCAAGCUUAUGUGAUCCUGCAAGGAAAUUUGGAAUAAUUCAGUUGGGAACACAUUGUAUAAUGUGGGAGUGUGGAAUGCAGAGGGUUGAAUAUAGGACUAAAUAAAUGAGUGGCCUCGGUUUGACCCUUCUCAUACCCUAACAAGGGUCUUCAAACUUGGCAAGUUUAAGACUUGUGGACUUCAACUCCCAGAAUUCCUGAGCUAACAUGACUGGGGGGGGGGAUUCUGGGAGUUGAAGUCCACAAGUCUUAAGCUGUCAAGUUUGAAGACCCCUACACUAACAGUAGGACCAAUGUCAUUAAAUGAAAAGUAUGCAA